GUGGAAGAUGUGGAAAUUCUCGUGCAUCACAUACUUGGUGUGGUUGAAUCUUUCAUGAAACGAAAUAAACGUGAACUUUCCAAAAUUACACCAGAACAAAAACGAGAGGAGUUCAAGGCUUUGGUAUCUGAUGCUGCAAAGAGGUUCUUAAUGGAAAACACAGAAUGCUUUGUGAAUGAGGUAGAACUGUUCCUUGCGGCAGGUCUAACCAUUGAAGCUUAUGAUGAAGUUUACUUGCAGUCUUUGGAUCUUGGCACUUUUGAUACUAGUGAGGAAACGGAUGUACAUGAACAGACACACGAUCUUUUUUACGAGGAUUUUGAUAGCAAUGAAUAAAGAAUGUGCAUUAUGAAUUUA